UCAAUUUUAUAUUAUAUAAAAACCUUGUAUCAGAUUUCAGAAAAUAAAAAAGAUAAAAUAAUCGGAAAAUGCGUUGCUUGCAAUAAGGUGAUUCGCGGUUUUACGGGAGUCUCUUCAAAUUUUAUCAGCCAUCUCAGAGUGCGGCAUCCUAAAAUUCAUAAGGAAUAUCUUACGCAGAAAUCUAAAAAUGAAAACUUGAGUAUUCAAUCAAAUUUCGAUAAGAAACUUAUUGAAUUUCUAGUGGAUUCAGGCUUGCCGCUUUCCCUGGUUGAAAGGCAGUCAUUUAUCAACUUAAUUGAGGGUAUUGGCCUUAAGUUAAUGAGUAGACAGACGGCAAUGAAAAAAUUAGAAGAGCUUCACAAACGCAUGGAAGAAAGUGUGAAAGCCGAACUAGCCACAGCGAAACAUGUCUGCACAACGGCGGAUAUUUGGUCAGGAAAUCACAGAAGCUUUUUCGGAUACACCUGUCAUUGGCUUGAUAAAAAUUUUAAGAGGAAAUCAGCUGCUUUGGCGUGCAAAAGGAUGUUUGGAGUUCUCUCUGCGGAAGCAAUUGGGCAUAUCAUGACCGAUAUAAAUACUUACUAUGGUUUAAAUAGAAAAAACAUUGUUCUAUCCGUAACUGGCAACGGGUCAAACUUUGUCAAAGCUUUUAAGGAAUAUGGAGUUGAUAAUGCCUCUGAGAUGGAAGACGACGGCGGCCAUGAUAUAUCAGAAUUCCGAAACAAGAUUUGCCUCCCUAAACACCACAGGUGCUCUAGCCACACAUUAAGUCUUCUGGCUACGUCUGAUUUAAUACAAAUUUUGAAAGCCGAUGAAUCCCUAUUCCAGCGGAACAAUAUGGUGUUCAAAAAAUGCGAUAAUUUGUGGAAAAAAUGCAAAUGGCCAAAAAGUUCGGAAGUGAUACAGGAAACUUUAGGUGGAUGCCUCGUUGUGCCGGUUGUGUCGAGGUGGAACUCGCUAUACGACGCCGUUGUUCGACUUCUCCAGCACAAGCCAAAACUGGACGAGUUGUGCGAUAAAUUGAGCCUGCCGCGUUAUACAUCCUGUGAACUAUCAUAUUUGGAUACAUACAAGCUGAUUGUGGCGCCUAUUGCUCAGAGUCUGGACUUUAUGCAAGGCGAACAGAGUGUUGGAUAUGGUUGCCUUUUGCCUACAAUUAUCACUCUGAGCAAUAAAUUGAUAAAAAUCCACCAGAAAAUCGAGCACCCAUUCUCUACAAUUGCAUUAGAGCUGGAAAAGCAAUUAAGAACACGAUUCCGAGCUUUCUUUGAAUUAAAUGAGGAGGCAGAUUUGGCGCUAGCUGCAGCUGCACUGAUUCCAAACGUAAAGUUGAGCUGGCUGAAAAUCUUACAAAAAACAUCACCGCAAUUUACAUAUACGCGAAUAGCGGAAAGGGUUAUUCGUAUCAUCACUGAUUAUGCAAUAAAGCUGAACCUUCCUACAACAAACAAAAAUCAUAAAUGUGAGGGUUCGUAUACUGAAGCGACCUUUUAUGAUUUCAGUGAUGGUGAAGGAAGUACUGCAUCAUUGUCAAAAUUGACAGAGGAGGGUGAAAGCAUGCAUUUUAUUUCGAAUAUGAUGCAUCAAUAUUUGAAUGAUGAUGAUAAAACUUCCAAUGUAUGGUCCAAAUAUCCUACAUUAAAGGACAUAUCACUGUUUUGCAACACGCCGCUUACGUCUUCAGGCCCUGUGGAGCGACUAUUUUCCUUUGCGGGCAUUAUUAAUAGUCCAAGCCGGAACCGCUUCACUGACUUUUCUUUUGAAAAGCUCGUAUUGCUGAAAGCGAAUAUACCCGGUCAUUCUAGUUAAUAAACAGUUAGUACAUACGUU